AGUUAAAAUUCUUUAUUAAAGUGAUUUAUUUCUCCAGUGUGUGUAGUUGCUUUCCUGGGUCUAUCGAUACCCUCAUCAUGGGGAUUCGCAAAUGCAUCGUUCCCCAGUGUCCGUCGAAUACUGCUCGCCCGGAGGACCGCGGAGUUACCUUCCACAAAAUCCCUUUUAACGACGAAUGGAAACGCCAGUGGAUCACCGCCUGCCACCUGCCGGAAAAUUACAAUGCUACGAAAACGACCAACGUGUGCAGCCGCCACUUCCGGAAGGCAGAUUUCCAGGAGUUCAAGGGAAAAAAGUACGUGCUCAAGUUUGGCGUCGUUCCGACCGUGUUCGCCUGGACCAUUGCUCCGGGAUCCGCCGGAUCGAAGGCAACAAAAGCGUUGGUGAAGAGUGAACCGAAGGAAGGCGAAGAGGAAGAGGAAUUUGAGCACGAAGUCGGUGACAAGGAUGACGACACUAUGCCGGUCGAUGGCGUAAAGAUCAAGCAGGAGAAAACGGACUCCCCGGCACGGAGCAGCGCGAAGGCGACUUCAAAGUCUCCAGCAAAACGGGCUAGUAGUGCCGGCAAGCAGUCAGCAAGGACUCCCUCGAAGCAGGCUCGCUUGGAAUCGUCGACUCCGUCCGGGUCGAAAAAGCAAACACCGAAACGAGGGUCCUCCACACCGAAAAGUACUCCCACCAGCGAUACCGUUGCAGAUGGGGCCAACACUAGCCCGGCUGAGAAAGGGUCGAUCGAUUUCACACCGGGAGCGAAAAUUGAGGCACAAGAUUUCAGCGGCCGCUGGCAUCCGGCCAGCCUGCUCGAGGUGGACACGGAGGAGCGCGAAGUGUUGGUCCAGUUCGACAAGGCGGAAAAAGCGAAAACAAACGAAGAGUGGAUCCCGAUGGACAGCGUUCGCUUGCGGCCACAGCAGAGCAGUAACUUUGCGAUCGGCGAGAAGGUGUUUGCCCGGUGGAGCGAUUCACGCAAGUUUAAGGCCACCAUCAAGAGCGUGCUGGAGAACGACAUGUACGAGGUGCUGUUCGACGAUGGGUUUGCCAAAAUUUGCAAGUCGACGCAUAUCAGUCGUCUGAAGCGAACGGAAGAGCCCAUAUUAAAGCCGACGACGGAGGCGGAACAAGCCGCGCCACGUACCGCGGAUGAACAGCAGCAGCAGCAACACCAGCAGGGUGGUAUGUCCGUGGAGGUGAAAACGGAACAACCUGAGCAGGGCGAUGCGAAGGAUGCUCCGGUGCCACUGGUUUCCCUCAGCCAGCUGUGCAUUCCUCAGGUGGUGAAGUUGAGCGACCUGCCGGAGAUUCCAAAGGACGGUGAAUGGUGCUGCCAUUGGAUGAACGACUACCCGGUAGGGGAGGAGUCCGAGCUGGAUCUACCGGGGGGUCGCGUGUACACGGUGGUCGUUCCCGACUGGCGCCUACCGGAGGGUUGGGUGAAGCAUAUCUUCCAGCGCGUUACGGCAUACGGCAAGAUGGACACCGUGCUGGUCACUCCCUCGGGCAAAAUGCUCCGUUCAAAGAAGGAAACUAAACUGUACAUGGAAGAACUGGGCGAACCGUACGACGAAAGCACGUACGACUUUGGGUUGCACAGGAAGCGGGCCAAAGAUUUGGGCUUCUGCCACUACACGCAGGAGUACAAGGACAGUUUUCUCCCAAAGCCCGCCGCCGAACCGGUGCUGCUCAACACGGAGGUAAACAUUGGCUCGGUAAAGGUGAAGAUCAUCGAUAAUCUUUUCCAGUGCCCGGAGGAGGACUGUCUGAAGACGUUCCGGAAGGAAAACCAUCUGCAGAUUCACAUCAAACACUACCACAAGGAGCUAGCGAAGGGCUUGGGAGAGAUUCCGAACAUGCAGGAUUUGGCGGCGCUGCGUAAUCCGCUCGAUCUGCUCGACGCACAUCCCACGAAAUCGGCUGCCCGCAAGUCGAACGUUGGAUCGGCGACGAAGGCAAGGGAGGAGAAGAUGACGAGUAUCAAAGUAGAACCUGGCGAGGAAACCCUGGAAUCGGUGGACAACAGAGUCGAAGGACAGGACGUAAAGACUCCGGCGGAGAUGAAGCAGGAACAGGGAAGUCAAGCCGUAACAGCGAAAAUGGAAGAGGAUUCCACUGGGCUUAAACCGGAACCAUCGAUGGUAGAACAAACAGCAUCGAUGGUUGAAAUCAGCACUCCCGUGGCAACCCCGGGAAGCAGUGGUACUACCACAAAGCAGUCGAGAUCGCAAAGCAAGAUCACCAAGAUUAAGCUCUUUUCACAGAAAAAGCCAAAGGGUGGCCUAAACAAAGUACGGCGUGGAUUUGUGACAAAGGGUGGCAGCUCAGCCAAAAAGGUGAAGCGCGUAAAAGCAUCUUCCCAGCGAGCGCUGGCCAACCGGUCCGCUCCGGUGCUCGGUGCGAACGAUUCGUUCGUGGGAGAACGACCGUUUGCCGGGUUUAGUGGCGCAGAUUUUGGACACGAAACGAGCGCAAGUUUCUACGAUGAAUCGAUCAAUGCGAGCGUCACCGGCGGUGGCUCAGGGCUGGUGGACGAAAACGGCGAGCUGAUCAAGAUUGUGCGGAUGCGCAAGGAGGAGAUCAUCAACUGUCUGUGCAAGAUAACGGAAGAGGACGGUCUGAUGGUGCAGUGCGAGAUGUGCCUCUGCUGGCAGCAUGCCUACUGUCAGGACAUUCGCAGCAGCAGCGAGGUACCGGACACGUACGUGUGCAGCAUAUGCCGGUACCCGUACCGGGGUCGCCCGUCGAAGCGGUACGCACACGAUCAGGAUUGGCUGUACGAGGGUAAGCUACCGGUGGCCAAGUAUCACUCGGGCAACUCGAAGCACCCGCAGCGGUUCGAUAUACUGAAAAACUGCCACACGCUAACGGGAAACCUGCUCGAGCUGAAGCGGUUCAUGCACAGUCUGCAGGUGAAGAUCAACAUUGCGGAGAACAAGGAUCACCCGAAAAUGUACCUGUGGUCGAAAAAGUGGGAAAAGAGUCCACCGCGCAGUGGAACAAACGACCCAUCGGUGUCUGUAGCUGGUGGAACGCAACUAACGGCCGGUGGAGACACAUCGCAACAGCCACAGCAGAUGCCACAGAUUCCAGUGCCGGAAGCACCGAUCGAUCCAGCCGAGUGUCAAGCGAUCCUGCUGGAUCACAUUCAAAAGCAGCAGAACGAUGCGAUGGGCAGAUUGCAGGCGAUUGAAGCGCAAAUAAUAGGUUUAGAGGCGUACGAUGAAAAGGCAGACCUGCUGGAAUCACCUACCGCGAAGAACUACCCGAAGACCAAACAGACCAUUCAUAUGCUGUUGAACGAUUUGUUGAAGAUGAAAAAAAUUGGAGCGAUCCAUUCGGAUUUUAAUACCCUGGCGCAGUUGGAGCAGAAGCUGCCGUUGCAGUGAGCGAAAAAUGGAAUGUCAUGAAAAGCGAUUCUUUUAACUUUUAAUCCCCCAAACAAUUUAUUAAACAUGCAGUUUACAUUUUGUUACUAUUAGAGAGUGCAAGUAGUAUAGAAAGUUGUAAAGUGGCAAGCUCAGGGUUAAUGAAAUAAACAUUACCUAAA